AUGUCUUCGUUUAGGCUUGUUCUGACUGUUCUCCUCCUCUGGGGACCAGCCUCUGGCCUGAGUUGUCCUGUGUCCACCUCGGAGGCUGUUAUCCACGAUGGAACCCAGCUUUCGUCCGAAGACCCUGUGUAUUCGACCCCAGCAAUAUUAGUGAGCACCGUCACACACAGAGUCACCGUCACUGGCGUGGCCGGCACCCAAGGGGGCAGGGAAACUGGCCAAGCUGGUUCUGCAUCUGCCGAGGCCCAUACGGCGGCCACUACGACGGCUGGGAACAGAAGCCCGGUGACAGAUCCGCAGUAUAAGGCAACCGGCCACCCGUUUGUGGGCCAAGAGACCUCUCAUGUUCCCCAAACCACGCCAAUACACCCCCUACGUCCCCACUCCGAGCCGACAGUGGAACCGUCGAUAGCUCCCGACGCAGUCUUCACCGAUUCCAACAUCACCAUCGGCCUGUAUAUCGUUGACGUGGAAGAGGCGCUAACGUCCAACGAAGCGGCGUCCCAGUCUCUCUUCCAACCUCAAUCGAUCAGCGCAAAGCCUGGCGACAGCGUUCUCUUUCGCUUCCACGGCCCGUACGCCCUCUACAAUUCCGACCUUUACAGCCCGUGCCAUGCACCCCGCCUCAGUCAAAAUACUGUCUCAAAUGCCGGUGUUUCGUCCUACCAGUUCGUUGUGCACUCGGCGGAGCCGGUCUAG